UGUUCCAGUGGAACUUGAUUUGAUCACACCACAUCAUUUUUUUUAUUUUACUACUUGGACCCUCAUGUCUCUUGCGACACCUAUUCCCAAACCUCCUCUCCGCACACUUGAGGCGCUGACCUGCAGUAUGCAGCAACCGGCAAGGCAGAGACUGAGACCUUGGCUGGAGGAACAGAUUCACUCUGGGAAGUAUCCAGGUGUCAGCUGGCUGGACCAGUCAGCUUGCAUCUUCCAGAUUCCAUGGAAACACGCAGCUCGCCACGGUUGGAGCAUUGACCGGGAUGCUACGCUCUUCAGGAGUUGGGCUAUGCACACAGGAAAGUACCGUCCAGGCAGAGACAACCCAGAUCCCAAGACAUGGAAAGCAAAUUUCCGGUGUGCCUUGAAUUCCCUACCGGACAUCUGUGAACUGCGGGAGCACAGCAGGAAGCGAGGCAGCAACGCCUACAGGGUCUACAGGAUGCUGCCCAGCUCUCAGACACGCAGACGAAGGAGAACAGGACUGUUCCACAGACCGCAGGAGAGGCCGAGAGAUUUGGAGAACUCCAGAAGUGACGACACAUACAGCUCACCGCAAACCUGGCAGCCUACAACAGCACUACCUGUUACAGACCCACCACAUAAGGUGGAGACCUGCGUACCACACAGCUUUAACAGCCCUGAAGUACAAGUUUCAGGAAUGUGGGAAUCCAAACCUGUGGAUCAGGAACCCAGUGAGGCUGUCAGUAAGCUAAUGGACCAUUUGGGCAGCCCUGACGUCUGGAACCAGACGUGGGAGCAGAGAGGAUGGAGGACACACACUCAGUGGGAACAACCGCAAUGUGCUGGUGAGGAGAACCCGUAUCCUCUCCAGACGGAGGACUACGGUGAGCUGUUUGGCCCAAACUACAUCAAAGAUCUCUCAGACUGGUCCACACAUCAGCAAACGCUGAUGCUGUAGCUGUUUGUCUCCUCUUUCUGUUCUGUAUUUAUCAUAUUUUUGUUGAAAUGACUAUUCCCUUCAUAUACUUCUGGCUGUUUCCUUGUUUCUGUUGAGCCGACUGCAGAAUGAGUAAGCUGAAUGGAAUAAAGCUGGGGAGCAACAGACGUUAUUGCUGUGUCAAUCAGCCUGCGUGCUGGGAACGCUGGAAUGAGAGGAUCUGGUUCCAAGCCAAGCUUUAAUGCUGCUAUCAUCAUUUGUGUUCACUCUGGUUCAGUGACUCGGGCUCAUUAAAAAGACUCCAACUGCACAGCAGAGCUUUCAGAGUAAACAGAUCAGAUUUCACCCAAGCGCAGGAUUUGGUAUUGAUCUCCUGUCUAUUUUUGACUGCCUCUGGAUGUUUUUACUAAUAACAAUUAGGUCAGAGCAGAAAAAUAAAACAAGAAACGUAAUAAUAUGUGUGUUUGUGUUUUUAAGCUCAAUUCAUGAUUUCCUCUCAUUUCUUGUUACAAACAAAAUUGAGUUCAGCCUCAUUUUGUCAUGCGUGGCAUAAAAAAAGUGAUUUUUUUUGUUAUUGUUGCUGGUUUUUAAGAAGUAAUUGUCUAAUUUUGUUUUUUAUUAUGUCAAUUCGACCACCAGUUUUAUGCCCUUACUGUGAAUUAUGAAUAAAAAAUUAAACAUGG